AUGAAGACGCAGAACAUCAGGACCCUCUCUCUCAUCCUCUCUAUUGUUUGCUACCUAUUCAUAGGAGCCGCCGUCUUUGACGCGCUGGAGUCGGACAGCGAGAGUUCCAGGAAAAGGGCGCUGGAGCAGAAGCUGGACGAGCUGAAGAAGAAGUUCGGCUUCACGGAGGAGGACUACGGAGCCAUCGAGAGACUGGUCCUCCAGGCGGAGCCGCACCGCGCCGGGAGGCAGUGGAAGUUCGCCGGAUCUUUUUAUUUUGCCAUCACUGUUGUCACAACAAUUGGUUAUGGCCACGCUGCUCCACGCACUGACGCUGGCAAGGCCUUCUGUAUGUUUUACGCAGUCUUGGGCAUCCCUCUGACCCUGGUCAUGUUCCAGAGCCUGGGCGAGAGGAUCAACACUGUUGUCCGCUACCUCCUGCGCAGAGCCAAGCGGGGCCUGGGUUUACGGAAGACCGAGGUGUCCAUGGGGAACAUGGUCCUGGUGGGUCUGCUGUCGUGCAUGAGCACCCUGGGCAUCGGAGCCGCGGCCUUCUCCCACUUCGAGGACUGGACCUUCUUUAAUGCCUACUACUACUGCUUCGUCACGCUCACCACCAUUGGAUUUGGGGACUUUGUGGCCCUGCAGAAGACAAAUGCCCUCCAGAAGCGACCACCCUACGUGGCAUUCAGCUUCAUGUACAUCUUGGUGGGGCUGACGGUCAUUGGGGCUUUUCUUAACCUGGUGGUCCUGAGGUUUCUCACUGUCAGCACGGAGGAGCCUGACACGAGGCCUGAAGCCGUGGUAGAGGAGCAGGCAACGCAGCCUAAGGACACGCAGGAGGAUGGGGAGGUGUCGGGGGAGGAGGAGGAGGCAGAAACUGCCGGUGUCAGCUAUAAAGACGACGGCGAAGACGGACACAGCAGCCUGUGCAACCUGAGCCUUCCCAUGGAGGCGGGCACCAGCUGUAUGAAUCUCCUCGCCUCUCCCCUCGAGGAGCGCAGACUUGUUUUAUCUGAGCACCCAAAGCUCUCAGAACCCAGCAGACUCAGGGCCUUGUUCUCCUGCGUGUGCUGUGGCCCGGACAUUUACGAGAGCCCCUCCCCGUCUCGCAGCGACCAGGCGGGCGGCCACAGCAACCCCGUCUUUUACAACUCCAUCUCCUACAGUGUGGACCGUGCCUCUUGCAGCUCCUGCACCGCGUCGUCACAGGCCUCCCCGAGCAGCGUCGCUCUCUGUCUGGGCAAGAACCGUCCUCACACCAGGAGGAAGUCGUUAUAACUCUCUGGACCUUUUGACUC